GCGCCACCAUGGAAUAAAUUCUAUUAAAAUUAUUUUCUAGUGUCAAAACAAAGAAUGUUUUGUUUAAAAUCAGCUGUUCAAAAAAUAUCACAAAUUCCAGUUAAGCCGCUAAAUCAGUGGUUGAUAAUUUCCAAGCCUUUUAUAUUGGAGGCCUAUCCCUCAUUGUUGCAGCAGCAAGCGAGAAAAAUGAGCUCUGUAGUUCAAGUCGUCGAUAUUCCAACUUGGAAGGAACAAGCUCGGGAAAAGGAUCUGCCGGAAGCCGGUAAAGCUCUGCCAGGAAAUGAUAUUGAUAAAUCGAAGAAUGAUGUUCUGGCUGGAAAGGUUUCUCUGUGGCGUGGGGACAUCACGAAACUGAAGAUUGAUGCCAUAGUAAACGCAGCUAAUUCAAGUUUGCUCCCUGGAGGGGGUGUGGAUGGUGCCAUACAUAAAGCUGCUGGUCCAGACCUACGAAAAGAAUGCAAAGAUUUGAAUGGUUGUAAAACUGGAGAGGCUAAGAUUGCCCAGGGCUACAAAUUACCUGCGAAAUAUGUCAUUCUAACUGUGGGGCCAAAAGGUGAAUAUCCAGCUGACCUCAAAAACUGCUACGUCAACAGCCUCACAAGAGCGUUGGAGAAGAAUCUUCGGACUGUAGCUUUUCCAUGUAUUUCCACUGGCAUUUAUGGUUACCCAAAUGAGAAUGCUUCACAUGUAGCUAUCCAUACAGUGAGGCAGUUCCUAGAAGAACACAGCGAAAAGUUUGACAGAAUUAUUUUUUGCGUCUUCUUAGAUGUAGAUAAAAAUCUGUAUGAGCAAGUACUGCAAACCUAUUUUCCAGUCUAAUCGAUUUAAUAAUUUUUGUAAUUAUGUACUUGCCUGUACAAAUUAAUUAUGAUAUGUUUAAUACUUAAUUAUUUUAGAAGAAAUUCCUUGUUUGUAAUGUUUGUAUCCUAGAUAACACUUGUUUUUUUAAUAAAGGUAUUUUCAACA